UUUGACGUCAGUCCUGAUUUAGCUCGGCGUUGCUCUGGCCGUGUCUUGGACCGGUGUUAUUGGGAGGAAACCCCGUUGACUUCUCUCAUUCGGACAGGCUGGGAGUAUCAGCUGCACCUUGGUACGCUUACAUCUGCAAGAAUCCAGUGAGCAGUCAUGAGCGAAUCAUCUCAGAAGGAGCUGGUACAAAAGGCCAAGCUGGCCGAGCAGGCUGAACGUUAUGAUGACAUGGCCGAGGCCAUGAAAGCUGUGACGGAGGAGGGCGAGGAGCUGACCAACGAGGAGCGCAACCUGCUGUCGGUGGCCUACAAGAACGUGGUGGGCGCCCGUCGCUCGUCUUGGCGUGUGGUGUCCAGCAUCGAGCAGAAAGCCGAUUCGAGCGAAGGGAAACAAGCCCGAGUCAAAGAGUACCGGGAAAAAAUCGAGAAAGAGCUGAAAGACAUCUGUAACGACGUUCUGGUGAGUUUGGUUUUAGGGGUCUCUUCAUACAACAAAAACAUGAAUAAACAAUUAUGGAUGUUCAUCAUUACUAUCCGAUGGUUAAAAUCUGAGACUCAUUUCUCUCCUUUUUGUUUUCCAGGCAUUAUAGAGAAUUCUAAGGAGGCGUACGGGAAGGCCUUUGAGAUCAGCAAAGAGGAAAUGUCGCCCACACACCCGAUACGCCUCGGUCUAGCCCUCAAUUUCUCCGUCUUCUUCUAUGAGAUCCUCAAUUCUCCUGAAGAGGCUUGCAGUCUAGCCAAACAGGCUUUUGAUGAUGCCAUCGCUGAACUCGAUACACUGAGCGAAGAUUCGUACAAAGACAGUACACUAAUCAUGCAGCUAUUGAGGGACAACUUGACGCUGUGGACUUCUGACAGCGCAGCUGAGAACGAGGAGCCUGAGGAGCCCAAAGAAUGAGCCUCACCCCCCCUCCCUGUCAUCCCGUCUGCCUGACAUCGUCCAAAGUCCUCUUUUGGUUUUGUUUUUGAUCAGCACUUUGACCACCUCAUCCAUGACAUCCAGUUCAAUCCUUUUCUUUCUCCAUCCAUGUUUCUGCUCAUCUCACUCUACUGGGUUUGCUGUUUUUCUGCAGUAACUGCAAACAAACAGCGGGGGCGUUACAGUGUUGAUGGGAAGGUUCAUGUCUGUUUGUAUUUCUUGCUGACCUUUUCUGGGUUAAAUCAAGCUUUUUUUUAAAGGUAUUCUAUUCUUGAGACGUGCAGCGAGUGGUUUUUAACACCAACAAUGAAUUCAGCGUGCGUGUAUCCUACUCUAUAAAGGUGCUGUUUGUAAGCAGCACCGUUACGACCAAUCAAACAGAAGCUGCCUGCUCACACCUGACUUGGCAGAAGAGGAAUUACAGCGAAGGUAGACUCAGUGGUGACAUAAUGGGGAGCGCUGGUGAUGAAGGGCCAGAUUUUACACAGGUUACAUUCCAUAUAAUGUCGGUUAUCAACCAUCUACUGUCCUUUUUGUUUUUUUGUUGGGGGGGCUGUUUUUGUACGUCUAUGUAUUCAUUACGAGGUUUAGAACAUUUAAAAAGACAAGAGCACAAGCUUGUACUGUUGCUGUUUUUUAUGAGCACCUCAGUAAGUAUGAAAAUCCCACUUUUUAUAUAAUUAAAAGGUCUUUGAAAAUGAGUUUCUUGUUUUCAAAACUUGCAUACAUCUGAUUAAAGGCUAGUCUGGAGAAGUCAGGCUGUUGUUGGAUGGUUAGCUUUGUCUGUCUUUGGAUUUUUUUUGUACUGACCACUUGAGCAUAACUGUUUUUUGGGGUAAUGCAUAAUUACAUUUAAGUGAAAUAAACCAUUUAAAAGGUU